AUGCCCGAGGAGGGGAAGAAGAAUAAGAGGAAGAAAAAGAAAGAAGAGGACCAUCGACCGCAAAAAUCGCCGAAAAGCGAUCGAACGCAAACGUACGCGGCACGACAGCUAUUCGAGUACGUAAGAAGCCAUCACGAUAAAAGACGCAUUACGGAUGUACAACCACUGAUCGGCGGUGCACCAGCGAAAGGCAUCGCACCCGACAGCGACAGCAACGAUAUAGGGAAGCGGCCGAGCGAGGAGAAAGGUAGGAAGGAACGGCGGCGAGCGCAGAGGUGUGCCGGCCGUCGAGCUGCUUACCGGAAGGGGUGCGAAAAAGCGGGCAAGCUGCGCCGGAAGGGGGUAGCCCGGGCUUCUCGCGAAGGCCUCAAAAUUUCGGACGCGACGGCGGCCCUGGACCUGCGUGCCCAGACGCAAGCCCAACCAGACUUCGGCCAGCUAGACCACCAGCAGCCGCAGCAUCACCAUCAGCAACAGCAGCCGCCGCAGCAGCAACAGCAGCAGCCGCAACAACAGCAGCAGCCGCAGCAUCCGCAGCAGCACAACCAAAAUCCAGAGUCGCGUCCUCACCAUCACCUGCCACAGCAGCAUCAUCAUCAGCAUCACCCGGGGAAUCAUCUCCACUCUGGCGAUUCGGGGGGUGGGAUAGGAGGUGGAGGAGGAGGCGGCGGUGGAGGAGGUGGCGGCGGCGGCGGAGGUGGCGGUGGAGGAGGUGGCGGCGGCGGCGGAAGCGCCGGUGGUGUUGCUGUUGUUGCUGGCGGAGGACCGCCCGGACCCGAGCCGGACCGGUCCGCGAGAAUUCACGACGAGGAGGACGAGGACAUCACCGAGCGGGAGGACGAGGAAGAGGACGAGGAUCCUUGCAGCUCGCCGGAGCCCGACCUUGAAAACGAAUCCGAACCCAUGGAGAUCCAAGCCUCAGCUGUCACCGCGGCGGCCGCGAACCUCCACGCGCUACGCCAGCACGUAUUUAAGAUGUCGGAUUACUGGCAACAGCCGCAACGCGGUCCGCCUCAACAUUCACCCGGCAUACAGCAUAGUCCCAUCUCGAAUUCGACGCAGCAGCAGCAUCAGCAGCAGAUCCAGCAGAUGCACAGUCCGCUCGGGCAGCAGCAACAACAACAGCAGCAGCAACAGCAGCAGCAGCAGCAGCAGCAGCAGCAGCAACAGGCCGCGGUUUCGCAAGUACAACAGAACGCGAACGCGACCCUCCAGACUGCGAGUCCUCAGCAACAGAUGCAGCAACAACAGCAGCAUGCGUUGUCGAUGAACCAGACUAAUCAGGGACCGCAACAUCAGUCUUCCCCAGCGCCAACGACGCCGUCGCCGCAGGCGGAUCAUCAGGGUGCCAUUGCCUCUAGCAUGGCCCAGAGUUUGCAUAGCCUUGCCCAGGCGCAGCAGACCAUGUCGCAGGCGUCGAGUCCGUCACUGGCGGUUCAGGCCGUCCAGGCGGCUCAGGCGCUCAAUCAAAAUCUGGGCCAGGCGCUAACCCAGGCGCUUACGCAAAAUAUGCAACAAAAUCUCGGACAAACCCUGCAACAUAAUUUGGCGCAGAGCUUAACGCCGAGUUUAUCACCGCAACAGCAACAACAACUGCUCAAUCAACCGCAAAAUCUGAGCCAGGCGAGCCAGAGCCUGCAGCAAAACAUCCAGAGUCAGGCGCAGAACUUGUCCCAGACGUUGCAACAGCAAGCGCAAAAUCUCACGCAGAACCUUGGCCAGGCGCUUAACCAACAGGCGCUGCAACAACAGGCGCAGAAUCUCACGCAGAAUCUGCAGCAGGCGCAAAACCUCACGCAGAAUCUGCAGCAGCAGGCGCUCAACAUGGCCGGUACCAUCGCGCAGAACGGCGGUCUCGCCGGUAUGAAUAUGUCGAAUCAGCAGCAGAACUCGCAAAACUCCAUGCUGAGUCCGGGCGCGACCAGCCAGGAUUCCCACGACGCCACGCUCACGGAGAAGCUCGUCAACGAGUUGCAGUCUCGUGCCUCUGCGGCGGGGCUUGGAGGUGCAGUAGGUGCCGGCGGUGGUGGAGGAAUGGGCAACAUCAGCGAACGCACCCUCGAGGAAUGCUGGUCCACCCUGCAGCGACCACGGGCCGAACCACGGGCCUUGGACACCGCCUCCCGCGCCCCAACCGCUCCCGCCGCAAGCCCAGCAUCAAAACCAUCCCCGACCUCACCCUCACAACCAUCCGCCGAGCCACCCGCCCUACGUACCGCCGGCGUAUCAGCAUCCUCAUCACCACUUGCCGCCCCAGGUGAACGACCGUACAAGUGCCAUUUACCGGACUGCGGGCGGGCCUUCAUCCAACUGUCGAAUUUGCAGCAACACCUGAGGAAUCACGACGCUCAGGUGGAGCGGGCGAAGAACCGGCCGUUCCACUGCAACAUCUGCGGCAAGGGCUUCGCCACGGAGUCCAGCCUCCGUACCCACACGUCGAAGGUUCCGUACGUGCGAGACGAGGCCGAUGCCGACAGAGCAUUAGUCGGUGAAAUCCCUAAUCGCGGUUAA